AUGGACACUACUAAAGGGCGAUACGAGUACCGUUCCCGAGGAGACAAUUUUAGUACUCGAUCGCGCCCACGUGACAGCACUCAUUCUCAUCAUCCUCCACCAGCCUCGUCGGCCGCAUCUCCUAGCACCCACCGCGACAGUACCAAAACAAAUCGCAGGUUUGGGGAGAGAGAACAAAGCAUAAGGCCGAGCCCUCCUGCUGAUGGAAUUAUAGAGAGCUCAACUCGACUACAUCUAUCACAUAGGCAGGAGUCAACUUAUGAAAGUGAUGAGGCUCCAGUAUCGCCACAGCUUCGUCCAGAGAAACAUCGGGGACGGCCACCGUUGCUCACUUACAACUGGCGUGCUGAGGUAUGUCGGUUUUUGAACUUGGGAAUAGAAUCAAGCGAUGAGGCACUUUAUGAAGAACUCCAGGCUGCUGAGAAGAGGCUCGAAGAGGCAGAUCGACUCACCUCCCUGGGUGCUCCCCCUGAAGAUCUCAUUCCAAGAUAUCAAACUAUUCAUAGAGUGAGGUGUGCAGAAGGAGGUCAACACGAGGAAUUUUUUCUAGAAGAGCCAUUUGCUGUCAAUAGCGGCCCUCAAAACUUCCAUUUACGGGCCAGCAACAGGAUUGACAAUUAUGAUCUUUACCUCGAAAGAAACAAGGAUGUUGCCUUGGUUGCAUUUAAAGAUUACAGGUGUUGCGGGUCAUCGCGGUCAAGGAGUCGCCGCCUUGACCCAAUCGGGAUAUCCGACCCAUCAACUCUUAUUACUAACGAAUCAGUCUCAAUUAUUUCAGCAGAACUAUGUUCUGCAUUAAGAGAUUUGACCGAUCGAGCCCUGGGUCAUAUCCCCCAUCCAGAAUUUGAGGUCGAAUUUGAGUUUCCUUCUCCAUUCCUAUGGUGGUUCCAUGGCCGCCGUGAAUUAGAAGAAUCCCAGCAAAACUUAGACAGUUAUGGUCAAAGUCAGAUUGCAGUCUUCCAACAGUAUCUCGAUUAUCGAUUUGAAGAGGAAUGGGCAACGGUAGACUCCUUACUUGCAAAGGGCGAAAUUAGUGCUCAGUACAUACACUAUCUUUAUGUGCCACAAACAAUACUGGUAAGGAAGUCAGAAGAUGAGCGGCCCGGCCAACAAGAAGCAUAUAUUGCCGAUUCCUGGUUGUCCAGACCAGAUGGAGGGAGAUCUUCGGGGUAUCUAAUAGAUUGCAAGUCAUGGUCGUUCGACGGUAACUUCCAAAAGGAUUCGACAACUGUAUCAAUCGGCCGAUUUCCAUCCAUGAAAAAAACUUUCAAGGUCACAGACCUGGCGCUCUACCCCAUCAGUUUUGCAGAAAAUGGAGCCGAGGAAGCGCUUCGCGAGCGGGGUAAAAUGUUCUGGAAAUGCCGCAAGAGGAACUAUGUCUGCUAUAGUGAGGGCCGUGAUAAUGGGAUCCAGAGCAUGUCGGACCCAAGGUUCAUGGUCGAUAUUGCUACUUACAAGUUGAUGCAUCCUUCUGAUCAGGUCGCUGGAGACUUCCCAAAUGACAUACCCAAAAGAGCCAACAAAGAUGAUCUAGGAGCAAAGGCAAUGUCACGGGAUGAACCGCCCGCCAGAGAUGAUUUCUUAUUGUGUCUUCCGAAAUCUAUUCCAGGAUUCAACAUGAAUAAGAAGGAGUGGACCAGUCUGGAUGUUAGCCGUAUAACAGCGGUGACUUGGAAUCAAGAGGCUUUCAACACCCUUGUUGUGGAUGAGGCGACAAAAAAGCUGAUUAGUGCCCUUGUGACGACUAAAAUCGAUGCAGAGAAGGGUACUGAUUUGAUGAGUGGAAAGGGAAAUGGACUUUUCAUUUUAUUGCACGGAGGGCCUGGAACAGGGAAGACCCUUACUGCCGAAAGUGUGGCAGAAUACUCUAAGAAGCCGUUAUACAGAGUGACAUGCGGGGAUAUUGGGACUAAAGCUGAAGAGGUUGAGAAGUAUUUAGAAGUCGUCAUGUUACUCGGCAAGACCUGGGAUUGCGUCGUCCUCCUCGACGAAGCCGAUGUCUUCCUCGAGCAACGCAGAAUAUUUGACCUGCAAAGAAACGCCCUUGUAUCUGUCUUCUUGAGAGUUCUUGAAUACUACGACGGAAUCUUAAUCCUAACUAGCAACCGCGUCGGAAUCUUCGACGAAGCCUUCAAAUCCCGCAUUCAACUAACCCUCCGCUACAAAACCUUGCAAGAACCACAACGCCUCCAAAUCUGGGGGAAUUUUAUCGCUCGCCUUGAAUCCUUGCAAAGCUCCACAUUCACUCCCAAUCACUCCCCAUCUCCCAACGCUACAGAAGACCUCGGUAUAAACGUUGUAGAAAUUCGGGAGAAUUUAAAAGAGUUAGCAGAAGCGGAAUUGAACGGGAGAGAAAUCAGGAAUGCGAUUAGUACUGCGAGGCAGCUUGCAAUGUUUGAGAAGAGCAUGAUGGGGUAUAGGCAUUUGAAACUAGUGAUUGAGGAGACUAGGAAGUUUGGAGAGUAUUUGGUGGAAUUGAGGAAGGGGUUUACGCCGGAUGAGAUUAUGAAGGAUAUGGGGGAGCGUUAG